AACAAACUAGCAUUCUGUGGGCCCGUGGGAGCUGAGGAAAGUACACAGAAGGUACCAGAAGGUUGAGAUGCAGGCAGCUGCCUUAAAGGACAAGAAACGGGGGUCCCCAGCCCAUCGGGAAGGUGCCAACGACCCUGACUAUGAGAAUAUCACCUUGGCCUUCAGAAACCAGAACCAGCCAAAGGGUGGUCACCCACGGCUCACGAGUCAAGCCCAGCCCAAGUCACCCUCGGACCCUGCCCAGGUGCCCCCCUGGUUGUACAGGGCCAUCAUGAGCCUGUACAUCCUCCUCACCGUGGCCCUACUGUUUUGCAUCAUUCUCUCGGCUCUAAUCCUGGUGAAAAAUUCUGAGAUGUCGAAGGAGGUGCAGAAUUUGAAAGCAGAGCUUUGGAACGUGUCAGCCUUGAUUCGAGAGUGUGAGAAGACGCAGAAGGGGGGCUUCCACUCUGUUGAGGAGAGAAUCGCCGAGGUCAGGAAGAAGGUGGAGAAGUUGGAGACACAGCCAGCAGAAAUAAACAAAAUCAACACAAACAUAGUGAAAAUCUUACAAGCUCUGGAGAAGUAGCCAAGUGCAUAGCCCCAGCUGGAACAGAUGAGAUGCCACCGCCGUAGCCUCGGCUUGGAGGACGGGACUGCAGCUGCCAACGAAGACAGAAACGGAGCCCCCAAGUCUAAUGUGAACCUGCCCCUCGGCCCAAAUAGAGAAAGUCGUGUGUCGCGGUGCACGAGAGUUGGGGAGCUGCUCUCAAGUGCGCGUGCGUGUGCAUGUGUGUGUGUGUGUGUGUGUGCCCGCCAGAGCGCACGCGUGUGAGCAUUUUGUGGAGGGCGGGCGUUUCAGUGUGCCCCCCGGAAUGUGAUGGGUGAUGAUGAAUGUUGGAGUCACAGCGAGUGUAGUGUGCACGCCCGUGUCAUGUGACAUAUGUGAGUAUAGGCAUGUCACGGUGGGUGGCUGUCAGUGUCCGUGUGUCACUGCGAGUGUCGUAUUGUGACAUGCAUCACAUGUGCCUGUCUCCUCGCCCGCGUAAACGUGCAUGAGUGUACUGUGGGAUGUUGCCUGUACAAAGACGGCAUGGCGGGAGGUGUGUGUUGCACACUGUGAUACACGUGAACGUCACAGGGCGUGCCUUGCACUCCCUGUGCCACAGCUCGAUUACGUCACCCUGUGUGUUCAGGGCACACGCUCGUGUCCAUUUAUUUCUGCACUCAUGUUUUGUGAUUGGGGAAGAGAAAUGAAUAAAGUCUAGGGGAAACCA